CGCCAUGGCCGACGGGGCCGGCUCUGCCGAGGCGCCUAGCCCGCGGGGCUCCCCGGGAGGAGCUGCGAGGGUCGCCCGCGCGGCUCCGGCGGGGGGCGGCGGCGGCGUGGGGGAGACGCCGCGGAGCGCCGCGCUGGCGCUGCGCUUCGACAAGCCCAUCAAGCAGGCCUUCUACAACACGGGCGCCGUGCUGUUCGUGUGCCUGUGCUGCGGCGCCGCCGUGCUCGUCUACUUCAUCCUCGAGGCCUUCCUGCGGCCGCUGCUGUGGGCCGUGCUGUGCGGCACCUUCCUGCACCCCUUCAAGAGCUCGCUGACGCGCCGCGGCCGCCGCUGGCUGCAGCGCCUGCACCGCGCGCACACGCCCAUCGUGCUGGCCGCGCUGCUGCUGCCGCUGCUCUUCGCCGACCACGGCGUCGAGGCCCUGGGCGAGCAGGCGCUGCGCCGCCGCCGCCUGCUGCUGCUGCUCGGCGCCGGCGGCCCGCUGCUCUACGGCCUCUACGCCCUGGGCAGCUACCUGGGCGUGCAGGUGCUGCUGGCCUACGCGGCCGCGCUCAUCUGCCGCGGCCUCGACUACUUCAGCAGCCUGUGGAUCUGGACGUUGGUAGUUGGCUAUGUGCUGGCUGUUUCAUUCAAGUGGAAUGCAAGCACUGAACGCUACCUGAGAGCUGUUUCCAUCCCAGUCUGGAUUAUGUUGCUUUUUCAUCUAGCAUCCUUGGCUGGCUCAUGGAGAAUUCCAGUAUUCCUGGUUAUUGUUUUCCUGGUCUCUGUGGGCACCCUCUAUGAAAAACAGAAUGAAAAGGAGUCUUCUGGGUCAGAGUUACCAGGACAAGUUAUCUCCAUGGCAGCUUCUACUCUAGCAACCUUGGCCAUCUCUAUCACAGGAUAUGAGUCAAGCAAUGAAGACCAGGCCUCCACUCAGCCUGCUGAAAGUAAUAGCAAGGGAGAGCCUCUUGUCACUGAAUCCUCGUCUCCAUCCCCCUCCACCCCGUCACCCACGCUGGGCAGGCAGAGGCCUGAAAUUGGGACGUUUCUCAGGAAGAAGAAAACAAGUGAUGUCUAUUUCGUGUUUCUUGUGUGGGCCAUCAUUGCUGUCCAGAUAUGGCUGAACUUAUGGAUUGUGCAGCUGCUGCCGGUGCCUAUUGCAGUCUGGAUACUCAAAAAGCUAGUCAUUCACUUUGGAGUCGUGAAUUUUCUGAAAAAACGCUGCGGUGUGUGGUGGCAGAGCAUUGAGCUCUUCCUGAAGGAGCGGCAGGAUGCCCUGGCACCAUGGCCAAUCAUUGGACUUGGGAAGUUCUUGUUGAAAGUUGAUAGCAAGCUUUGGCACUGGCUAAAUAAGAAGAUGAUCAUCUGGUUGGAGAAGAUGUUAGACAAAAUUAUUAGCAUUUUCAUCAUAUUUUUGUUAGUGAUAGGAACCCUCCUUUUAGCCCUGCUCCUGACUGCAAAGGUACAUCAAGAAAGUGUGCAUAUGAUUGAAGUCACAAGCAGUUUGAUUAAUGAAACGCUAGCAAAUCACCCUGAGUGGGCAAAUUGGCUUCCCGAAGCCCAAGUAGUCCAAAGAGCUCUCAGUUCUGCUGCUAAUAAUGUUUAUCAGUAUGGACGAGAAUGGAUAACCCACAAGCUUCAUAAAAUUCUUGGAGAUAAGGUUAACAAUACUGCAGUAAUUGAAAAGCAAGUAUUGGAACUUUGGGAUAGACUAUAUCAUUCUUGGUUUAUAAAGAAUGUGACUCAUUCCGGAAGGCACAAAGGGCAUAAGAUGACCAUCAGCCGGCAGAAUAGCUGGCUUGGAGACAUCUUGGACUGGCAGGACAUCGCUUCCUUUGUUCACGAGAAUAUUGAGACAUUUCUUUCGAUACUGGAGUCUCUGUGGAUUGUUAUGAGCCGGAAUGUGAGCCUACUGUUCACCACUGUCACCACGCUGCUGACCAUCCUCUUCUACAGUGGGACCGCCCUCCUGAACUUCGUGCUGUCCCUGAUAAUUUUCCUGACCACACUAUUUUAUCUAUUAAGUUCCAGUGAUGAGUACUACAAGCCUGUGAAGUGGGUAAUCAGCCUGACACCACUCUCUCAGCCAGGUCCCUCUUCUAAUAUUAUUGGCCAAUCUGUGGAAGAAGCGAUCAGAGGGGUAUUCGAUGCGUCCCUCAAAAUGGCUGGUUUCUAUGGAUUGUACACCUGGCUGACUCACACUAUAUUUGGCAUCAAUAUUGUCUUCAUACCAUCAGCGUUAGCAGCAAUCCUUGGAGCAGUGCCCUUUCUGGGGACAUACUGGGCAGCGGUACCUGCAGUGCUUGACCUGUGGCUGACACAAGGCUUAGGGUGCAAAGCUGUCCUACUUUUGGUUUUCCAUCUCUUGCCGACAUACUUUGUAGAUACUGCCAUCUAUUCAGAUAUAUCAGGGGGUGGUCAUCCUUACCUCACAGGCUUGGCCGUGGCUGGCGGAGCCUACUACCUCGGCCUGGAAGGAGCAAUCAUUGGUCCCAUACUUCUUUGCAUACUUGUGGUUGCUUCUAAUAUCUACAGUGCCAUGCUUGUGAGUCCCACGAAUUCAAUGCCAACACCAAGCCAGACCCCCUGGCCCACUCACACUCAGCGGACUUUUCGUGACAUUUCUGAGGAGAUGAAAUCUUCCACAGAGUGAUGGUGUUCACCACGGAGCUUUUUGUUAAGAAGGUCCACAGAGACAGUGAGUUCAGCUCAGCAUGGCCUUCAGUCUUGGCUUGCAGCUGUCCCUAAGCGGAGCUUAGGGAAGAAGUGGAAGCUCUGUCCAAGCAGAACCCAGGGAUGAAGAGAGGCCUCCUGGCUCUCCUUGAGGGAUACAUGGACAAGAGUGAACUUGCUGUGGGCUGUUUUGCAAUUUAAAGCACAGCUUUUGGGUUCAGAGUGUGGUUUGCUUACCUACCUGUUGCUAAGAUGGCUUGAGCCAUUCCUGUUCUAUACACUGGUACCAUGGUUUGAAUUGUUCCCCUUUAGUUUUCUAUACUUAAAAAAAAUAUAUGUAUUUAUAAAGUUAUUUUAAGAACCCUAAA